GCCAUUGUUGUUAUUAUCUCUGUUAGACGAAGAACUUGUUUGAUUGAUCAGGAAAAAAAAGAGAAGAAAGCGUCGUAAGAUGUCCUCACCUAGUCCGGGGAAGCGCCGAAUUGAUACAGACGUUGUCAAAUUGUAUCCUUUUAAACGCUCGUUUUUGAAUAAUGGUGAUACAGGUCGAAAUGAGCUGUUGAAAAUUUUGAGAAUUGAAAGCAAGCACGAAGUGACCAUUCUUAGUGGUUUGAACGAAUUUGUCGUCAAAUUUUACGGACCAACAGACACACCGUAUGAGGGAGGCGUUUGGAAGGUUCGAGUUGACCUACCUGAUAAAUAUCCUUUUAAAUCGCCAUCUAUCGGAUUCGUUAAUCGCAUAUUUCAUCCCAAUAUUGACGAAGUUUCAGGAACUGUUUGUUUGGACGUAAUCAAUCAAGCAUGGACUGCUUUAUACGAUUUGUGCAACAUCUUCGAAUCGUUCCUACCUCAGCUUCUUUCGUAUCCAAACCCCAUCGACCCUUUGAAUGGCGAUGCUGCCGCAAUGUUCCUGCACAAGCCGCAAGAUUACAAGAAAAAAGUUGAGACUUACGUUCGAAAGUAUGCAACUGAAGAAGCACUGCGAGAGCAGGAAGAAAUGCAGACAUCAAGCGAAUCAUCGCUCUCAGAUUUUUCCGAAGACGAAGCUGCAGAUAUGGAACUCUGA